GCAAUGGAUUACGGAGGUGGGUUUGAGGAUCAUGAGCUGCGGGAGGCGCAGAGGGAAUAUUUAGAUUUCCUAGAUGAUGAUCAAGAUCAAGGCCUUUACCAUGGGAAGGUGAGGGACAUGAUUGGCUCCAAUGAGCACCGGCUGAUCGUCAACCUGAAUGAUGUGAGGAGGAAGAAUGACAAAAGAGCCAACCUGAUGCUGAAUGAUGCGUUUGCAGAAACUAUUGCUUUUCAGAGGGCAUUAAAAGAUCUGGUGGCUUCCAUUGAUGCAACAUAUGCCAAGCAGUUUGAGGAGUUCAGUGUUGGAUUCGAAGGCAGCUUUGGCAGCAAGCAUGUCUCUCCCCGUACCCUAACAGCCAGUCUCCUGGGCUCUUUGGUUUGUGUGGAAGGGAUCGUGACCAAAUGUUCCUUGGUUAGACCCAAAGUAAUGCGCAGUGUCCAUUAUUGUCCAGCCACCAAAAAAACCCUUGAAAGGAAAUACUCUGACCUUACAUCCCUGGAAGCAUUUCCUUCUAGCUCCAUUUAUCCUACAAAGGAUGAGGAAAACAACCCACUGGAAACAGAAUAUGGACUGAGCACUUACAAGGACCACCAAACCUUGAGUAUCCAAGAAAUGCCAGAAAAGGCCCCAGCUGGGCAGCUUCCUCGUUCUGUUGACAUUAUUGCAGAUGAUGAUCUAGUAGAUAAAUGUAAACCAGGUGAUAGAGUGCAGAUAGUAGGGAUAUACCGUUGCCUUCCUUCCAAGCAAGGGGGCUUCACAUCUGGAACUUUCAGGACCAUAUUAUUGGCUAAUAACAUUAAGUUGAUGAGUAAGGAGAUUGCGCCAACAUUUUCAGCUGAUGAUGUAGCUAAAAUCAAGAAAUUCUGCAAAGCUCAUUCCAAAGACAUAUUUGAACAUUUAAGCAAAUCGUUGGCCCCCAGUAUUCAUGGCCAUGAGUAUAUUAAGAAGGCCAUUUUGUGUAUGCUUCUUGGGGGCAAUGAGAAGGUUCUUGAGAAUGGCACACGUAUAAGAGGAGAUAUCAAUGUUCUCCUAAUAGGAGAUCCCUCAGUUGCCAAGUCUCAGCUAUUGCGCUAUGUACUGCACACAGCUCCACGAGCCAUCCCUACUACUGGUAGAGGAUCCUCUGGAGUAGGGUUAACGGCAGCUGUCACAACGGACCAGGAAACUGGGGAGAGGCGCUUGGAAGCUGGGGCUAUGGUGCUUGCAGACAGAGGAGUGGUGUGCAUUGAUGAAUUUGACAAAAUGUCUGAUAUGGACAGGACUGCAAUCCAUGAAGUGAUGGAGCAGGGCCGAGUGACAAUUGCAAAAGCAGGGAUCCAGGCACGAUUAAAUGCCCGAUGUAGCGUACUGGCAGCAGCAAAUCCUGUUUAUGGAAGGUAUGACCAAUAUAGAACUCCAAUGGAGAACAUUGGGUUGCAGGAUUCUCUGCUUUCAAGAUUUGACUUGCUUUUUAUUGUCCUGGACAAAAUGGAUGCAGACAAUGAUCAAGAAAUUGCUGACCAUGUUCUGAGGAUGCACAGAUAUAGGACUCCAGGGGAACAAGAUGGUUAUGCAUUGCCUCUUGGAUGCAGUGUUGAGAUCUUUGCCACAGAUGAUCCAAAUGCCUCUGAUGUUACAGAUCAAGAGCUGCAAAUUUAUGAGAAACAUGAUAAUUUACUCCAUGGGCCACGGAAAAACAAGUCAAAGAUUGUGAGCAUGCAGUUUAUUCGGAAGUAUAUCCAUGUUGCUAAACUGAUAAAGCCCGUCCUGACUUCCGAAGCUGCUGACUACAUAUCUCAGGAAUAUGCAAAGAUCAGGAACCACGAUCAGAUAAAUAAUGAUAGUGCCAGGACAAUGCCAGUUACUGCCAGAGCGCUGGAAACCAUGAUCAGAUUGUCUACUGCUCACGCUAAGGUCAGAAUGAGCAAAACCAUUGAGCGCCAGGAUGCUGAAACUGCACUUGAGCUGGUCCAGUUUGCCUAUUUCAAGAAGGUCUUGGCAAAAGAAAAGAAAAAAACAGACAAGGAUCUGCAUGAUGAAAACUUAAGUCAAGACACACUUAGCCAAGAGAGUGUUCGGAAAAGUUCUAGACGUGCAGGAAAAAUUGCUGACUCUCAAGAUGAUUCAAUGGACCCAUACUCUUUUAGUGAGCAAGAUAGCAGUCUAAAUGAAAACCUUUCUCAGAGUUUAAGACCUCAACGGAAAAAAGCAGAAAGUCAAGAUGGCAAGCGGUCCUUGAGUCAAAACAGGACCAAAGAGUUUAAAGCUGCCCUCCUGAAAGCCUUUAAGAGCAGUCGGUCACAGUCUGUUGCGGUCAGUCAGCUGCUGGAGCUCAUCAACAAGGGGAAUCCAGAGCCUUUUGAACGGAGUGAAGUAAAGGAGGCCUUGGACAAUAUGCAGAAUGACAAUCAGGUCAUGGUGUCAGAAGAUGUGGUUUUCCUAAUCUAAUUUAUAUUCUAAAUUAUAUUUAAAAAAUGGAUUUCUAAAAAUUAAUCUAUUUUUAAGUCCUAAUAUAUGAUUUUGUAUACAUGAGCUAAAUAAACACAGAGCAGUUA